AAGGGAUAUCGAAAAAGAAAAAUGUGGGAAUUGGUUUCUUCGCUUUCACACACUGUUUCUGUGAAGUUCAAAUUUCAGUUUCCAAAACCCAGAAAUUUUAUAACAAUAAGGCCAUGGAUGAACAAGUACAGCUCAAUUCGAUGUGCCGGAAAAGUCAAUCGAUGGUCCCUUAAUGGCAUGAAUGCCCUUGUCACUGGUGGCACUAGAGGCAUUGGGCAUGCGAUAGUGGAGGAAUUGUGUGGACUGGGAGCCACUGUGCAUACGUGUGCCCGAAAUGAAGAUGAACUUGGAACAUGUUUGAGGAGCUGGAAAGAUGAGGGCUUUACAGUGUCUGGUUCCUUGUGUGAUGUGUCUUCUCAAGUUGAUCGCCAAAAGUUAAUGGAGGUUGUUUCAUCUACAUUCAAUGGGAAGCUCGACAUUCUUAUAAACAACGUGGGGACCAAUAUUCGCAAAGCUAUGGUGGAUUUUACAGCUGAAGAGUUUUCCAGCCUCAUGGCAACAAAUUUUGAAUCUGUUUUCCAUCUGUGUCAGCUGGCCUAUCCCCUUUUGAAAGCAUCCGGGGCUGGAAGUGUUGUGUUCACUUCUUCUGUCUCAGGUUUUGUCUCAUUGAAAUCUAUGUCUUUACAAGGAGCAACAAAAGGAGCAAUUAAUCAACUUACAAAAAAUUUGGCAUGCGAGUGGGCUAAAGACAACAUCAGGAGUAAUGCUGUUGCACCUUGGUACAUCAAAACAUCCAUGGUGGAGCAAGUACUGAGUAAUAAAGAUUAUUUACAAGAAGUAUAUGACCGCACUCCACUAGGGCGCCUGGGAGAACCAUCUGAGGUUUCAUCUCUUGUGGGAUUCCUUUGUUUGCCUGCAUCUUCCUACAUCACCGGUCAGAUAAUCUGUGUUGAUGGUGGAAUGUCUGUAAAUGGCUUCUAUCCUCACCAUGACUAGAGGAAUAACUGCUUGUAGAGUUAUGCUACAGAUUUGCAGGAGAAAAGUUUGUCGCGUGUGCAUCUCAAAUGCAUCAUUGGCUGGACAUUCCAUGAGUACUGG